CGCAAGAGCCAAGCCUCAACAAGGACCUAGGACCCCUCAGGUUCCGCGCAGGCCACGCACGACCAUGGCUGCUACCGCUGGCGACAAUGCACAAGCCAGCCCCAAGAGGCCCGUCACCCCUCCUGUCCCAGUUCAGCAGGACGAUGAACCACUUCUAGCGUUUCUCAAACGGCUCCAGCUCUACUCGGAGACCACGGCAGCUGAACUCAGCAAGUGGGAAGAGGAGGAAGCCGCCCGCCAGCAGGAAAUUCAACGCCAGCUGGCAGAGGCAGAGGCAGCACGUCAGCAGGCCGCAGCCGAAGCUGCAGCAGCCGCAUGGUUGCAACAGCAGCAGGUCGAAGCAAGUCAACACCAAGCUCGUUACCAAGCCACGAUGGACCUUGCACGCGACGAAGCCACGUAUUGCAGGCUACUUCGACGACAACAUUUCCACGAAACCGAAGAACGGGAAGAGCCAACCGAGGAAGAAAGUAACAAGGAAGGUAUAGCAGUACUGAUGGAGAAUCUGUUGUACACGUGCACUUGGCAGCAACGUGAACUGCUGGCCAUACGGCAGGUCUUCAUCUGCCAUGAAACAACAUUCAAGGCAAUGGACAAGAAGAUCACUACCCUGCAGGCCGAGAACAGCAUAGUACACGCCGCCAACAACCAGCAGCAGACACUCAACAGCCAGCAGCAGACACUCAACCACCAGUUGCAGGCAGAUGUCAGCAUGGGGUUGGCACAACUGUCGGCAGCUGCGCCAACGGGCAGUGCAGUGGUAGACUGCAGCCCAGCUUUGGCCGCACAGGCCAAGCAACUCGAACAGCGGAUCAACCACACGGUCGCAUCCCUCGGCGACAUCAGCAAGUUUGCUGGAGCAACGACAGUCAGCAAUCAGCUGCAGACGCUCAGCGACCGCAUCGAGCAACGAUCGGCCGCUGCCACCAAGGAAUGGAAGAUGCCGAACUUCAAGAUCGAGAAGUUCGAUGACUAUCACAAGACCGAACCGCUGCAAUGGUGGAUGGCUUUCAACGCAGAGGCGGAUGUACAUCACACACCCGCCCAUCAGUGGCUUGACGCACUCUACCUCCAACUCAUCGGAGGGGCGCAGGCUUUCAUGACAUGGUCGUCACGUUGGAAUGCACCAUCGUCAACCUCCACACGAAGAUUACGUGGGAGGAAUUCGAGAAGAAAUGGAAGACCCGGUUCAUGGUCAACAAUGACAAACGGCAUGCCAUGAACAAGAUCUUCCGCAUCUACCAAGGCCAGCAAGCGUCACGGGAAUGGCUGACGGAGUGGCAACGACUCGUCGCCACCCUGGAG